AUGUCUGUCGUCGGUAUUGAUUUCGGUGCUCAAAGCACGAAGAUUGGUGUUGCCCGUAACAAGGGUAUUGACAUUAUCGCCAACGAAGUUUCCAACCGCCAGACACCUUCCCUUGUCGGAUUCAGCGCUAGAAGCAGACACAUCGGUGAAGCCGCGAAGACACAAGAGACCUCCAACCUCAAGAACACUGUUGGCAACCUCAAGCGCCUGAUCGGUCGCGCAUUCAGCGACCCUGAGAUUGCGCUCGAGCAGGAAUUCAGCGUCGCGCAGCUCUGUGACGUCAAUGGCCAGGCCGGUGUCGAGGUUAGCUACCUGGGCAAGAAGGAGAAGUUCUCCGCCAUCCAGCUGGUCGCCAUGUACCUGACCAAGAUUCGCGACAUCACCUCGAAAGAACUGAAACUCCCCGUCACGGAUGUCACACUGAGUGUUCCCGCUUGGUUCACCGACAUCCAGCGCCGCGCUAUGCUCGAUGCUGGUGAGAUUGCUGGCCUCAAGAUUCUCCGAUUGAUCAACGACACCACCGCUACCGCUCUCGGAUACGGUAUCACCAAGCUUGACCUUCCCGGCCCUGAGGAGAAGCCCAGGAGGGUCAUGUUUGUCGACAUCGGUUACAGUGACUACACUGCCACCAUCGUCGAGUUCCGCAAGGGUGAGCUCAACGUCAAGGCCACUGCCUGCGACCGUCACUUCGGUGGCCGUAACUUCGACAAGGCCCUGACCGAGCACUUUGCGGAUGAGUUCAAGGAGAAGUUCAAGAUCGACAUCCGCAGCAACCCCAAGGCCUGGGCCCGUACUAUCGUCGCUGCCGAGAAGCUCAAGAAGAUUCUGUCCGCCAACACGGCUGCUCCCAUGAGCAUCGAGUCUCUUAUGGAGGACGUCGAUGUUCGCGCGAUGGUCAAGCGUGAGGAGCUGGAGGAGAUGGUUAAACCUCUUUUGGACCGUGUUACUGUUCCUCUAGAGCAGGCCCUUGCCGAGGCCAAGCUCAAGCCUGAGGACAUCGACUUCGUCGAGAUGGUUGGUGGCUGCACUCGUGUCCCCGCCAUCAAGGAUGCUGUCAACAAGUUCUUCGGCAAGAACCUUUCCUUCACCCUUAACCAGGAUGAGGCCAUUGCCCGUGGAUGUGCUUUCAGCUGCGCCAUCCUCUCCCCCGUUUUCCGUGUCCGUGACUUCUCCGUUCACGAUAUUGUCUCCUACCCCAUCGAGUUCACCUGGGAGCAGUCUCCCGACAUUCCCGAUGAGGACACCAGCCUGACGGUGUUCAACAAGGGCAACGUUAUGCCCUCAACCAAGAUUCUCACUUUCUACCGCAAGCAGCCUUUCGACCUCGAGGCUCGCUACGCCAACCCUGAGGGUCUCCCUGGCAAGGUUAACCCUUGGGUUGGUCGCUUCUCCGUCAAGGGUGUCAAGGCCGAUGCCAACGAUGACUUCAUGAUUUGCAAGCUCAAGGCUAGACUGAACCUGCACGGUAUCCUCAACCUCGAGUCUGGAUACUACGUUGAGGACGUCGAGGUUGAGGAGCCCGUUGAGGAUGAGAAGAAGGAGGGUGAUGCUAUGGACACCGAUGCCGCCGAGCAGCCCAAGAAGACGCGCAAGGUCAAGAAGCAGGUCCGCAAGGGCGACCUCCCCAUCUCCACUGGCACUGCCCAGCUUGAGCAAACUCUCAAGGACACCUGGCAAGAGCGCGAGAACUCCAUGUACAUGGAGGACAAGCUGAUUGCCGAGACUGAUGAGAAGAAGAACGAGCUUGAGGGUACUAUCUAUGAGAUGCGUGACAAGAUCGACGGUGUCUAUGCCGAGUUCGCUAGUGAAGAGGAGAAGGACAAGCUGCGAUCUAAGCUAACCGACCUCGAGGACUGGCUCUACGAGGAUGGCGAGGACGCCACCAAGUCCGUCUACGUUGCCAAGCUUGAUGAGAUCCGCUUCGUUGCCGGUCCCAUCAUUCAGCGCCACCGUGAGAAGCUCGAGGCUGAGCGCGAGGCUGUUCAGAAGGCCGCCGAAGAGGAGGCUGCCAAGAAGCGCGCUGAGGAGGAGGCCAAGCGCAAGGCUGAGGAGGAGGCCAAGAAGGCCGCCGAAGAAGCUAAGAAGGCUGAGAACCCAGACGCUGAGAUGAAGGAUGCUCCCACCGAGGGCGAGGCUGCUCCCGAGAACGCUGAGGCCGACAAGCAGUAA